AUGUACCUAACCGAAGUAAAAGCCCUCUACAUUGUAAAAGGCGGAAUAAAUAUUCCUCGAGAUAUUGGUGAUCAUUUACUCAAUUUAUUUCUCGUUUUCGUUGUCACUUCAUGCACUGGACCAACUGUUCAGUAUCUUCAAGUCGCGUAUCUUUUGUCGAAUCCUGCCCUUAAGAAUCAUCUCCUCCUCCGAACCUUCAUUGGAUCCAUUCCAUUCAUAGUAGCUGUUCCUACAUUUUGGUUGGUUUAUAUCGGGUAUACACCGAGUCCUUAUGAAAUGGAUAUAUCGGAAACAUUGAUUCAAGAAAUCACGGAACACGAGGACAGUUCUUUUUUGAUUGCUCCGGAAGAGAAAAUUAUGAUGGCUGAAACUGGCACCUAUGAAUACGAUGUCUCCGCUCGUAUAUGCACAUUCUUCAUGUUCACUGCAAUGGUAUUAUCUGUACUUGUAGUGAUUGUUUGUUUCUCUCACAUGCAGAAAAUGGCGAGAAAAAAGAAGUCGAUAACAAGUCAACAGUCCGUGAAGUCGCAGAAACAAUUGAACUUGCUUCUGAUGGUUCAGUUCAUCUUCCCCUUCAUCACCAUCCAUAUUCCCUUCUUCACUGCUUUCAUACUCCCAUAUCUGGAUAUCGAAUUCAAAAUUCUCUCAUCAAACCUACCGUAUCUCUUCGCUUGGUGUCCGGCAAUCAACCCCAUCCUAGUUAUUUGUAUGGUCAAGAAUGUUCGAGAUACUCUACUGAGCAAGAAAAACACGCCCAAUACUGGUGCAACAUUCACUUCCAGCCAAGCGCUCCAUGCCAAACAUUCAACUUCUUCUAGAAGAAGGAGUACCUUUUACAUAUAA